AUGGCUCUCCGCUCCAUGCCGUGGGCUUCCAUGUCAAUAUUAUCUCUAUUUGGGGUUGGUGCAGCUUCAAGCCCCUGCACUGAAGGAACAUUCUCAUCUCUCAACUUGAGCAACAUCGAUAUACUUUCGCUUAAUGUAACCGCUGCGCGCAACUAUGCCACCGGUGCUUCACUAUCCAGUGGGACCACCUCAGCCCCCGUAGGCCAAAUGCCGUCGACAGUGGACAUCUGCAUCGUGUCCUUGCAGUACACGCAUCCUGGCCAGAACGACAUUGUCAAUACCUAUAUCGGACUCCCUCUCAAUGACAGCAACUGGAACUCACGGUUUCUGAUGGACGGGGGUGGUGGCUGGGUAGCUGGAGGGCUUGACGAAAUCAUCGCUCCUGUUGCUUCCGGAUACUCAUCCUCCUCGACCGAUGGAGGGCAUAAUAGUACAGCCUCGACGGCAGACUGGGGCUUUGUGAGUGAAGGUAAUACCAACUGGCCGGCGCUGUGGGAUUUCUCCAGCGUGGCACUAGGCGAGGCAGCUGUACUGGGAAAGCUGGCUACGGAGAUCUACUUUGGUUCGCCGCCCAAGUACUCGUACUGGAAUGGAUGUUCCACUGGUGGUCGACAGGGGCAUAUGAUGGCCCAGAGAUUCCCGACUUACUUUGAUGGUAUUGUAGGAGGCUCCCCGGCUAUCAAUUGGGACAAAUUUCAGCUGGCUGAAUUCUGGCCUGCUUUUCUGGCGCAACUUCUUGAUACGCAGCCGCCUGCAUGUCUCCUCGAUGCAUUUACGGAUGCUGCCAUUGACGCCUGUGACUUGCUGGACGGAGUGAAGGACGAUAUAAUUUCUCUUCCGGGCCAAUGCCAUUUCGAAGCAUCGUCGAUUGUCGGUCAGACAGUAAAUUGUAGCGAUCCGGAUGGACAAAUUGCCAUUACGGACAAAAUGGCUGAGCUAGUCCAAGGCAUGUGGGAUGGCCCAAGAUCACUUGAAGAUCAGUUCGAGUGGUACGGGCUGGGUUAUGAUGCCGAUCUAACAGCCCUCCUUACUACAACCUGCACGUCAGUCGAUAACUGUACUGUGACACCUUUUAGUAUCAGCGCCGACUGGGCCCGGAUUUUCUUGGCCAGAAACUCAUCCUUCAGUAUCCAAGGCCUGACACGACAAGACUUUGACGAUCUCUACCGCGAAUCGGUUGACCAAUAUGCUUCGGUUAUUGGAACGCGCAAUCUGGACUUGACAGAAUUUAAACUUGCAGGAGGAAAGAUGAUCUCUUGGCACGGAAUGCAGGACGAGUUGAUCCCGACCAACGGUACGGUGGACUAUUACAGUCGGGUGAUGGAACUGGACCCCAGCGUCGCAGACUACUACCGUUUCUUUCUGGCACCUGGAGUGGAACAUUGCGAGGGGGGUAAUGGAUUCGACCCCAAUGAUUAUGUGUUCGAAACUCUCAGAGCGUGGGUUGAGAAUUCAACGGUGCCUGACACCCUGGAAGCCACUGCCGUGGCGGUGGCUGGCUCGAACAGCAGCUCGACUCGAACGGCGUAUCUUUGUCCUUAUCCGAAGAUCUUUACCUAUGUUGGCGGGGAUCCGAACGAUGCGGCGUCGUUUAGCUGUGCUUGA